CACCCAGAACUUAGAGCUUUAAACCGCUGAGUUGUCAUGUGAAGGAAUGAGGUUCCAUGAACAAAAAAAGGACUUCCGAGUAGGAAAUGAAGGCGAUCUGAGAGGUUUUUAAACGUUGGUGAGCCACAAUCGCUUGGACAUGUUCGGUAAAGAGGCGCAAAGUGGAGACGUCCAAAUGUCUAAAUCCGAGAAAGACCAGAGCUGGAUUACGUCUGUAAUCAAGAAAAGAGUUUGUACGACGUUUGUGGAGGAUUCCUUCAGCAACGGUCGCCUGUGUCAGUGCGGAAGUCCGAGGGAAAGCCACGCGUCAGUCACUCUGAAUGAUUACUUCAGCACAGCCGUUGUCAGUCACUGGGAAUCUUCUCAACACACGUCCGAGUCUCCCACAGAUGCUUACGGAGAGGUGGCAUUUGCAGGAGCCAGCAAGAGGCACAGCUAUUUUCUUCGUCUGUCCUGGGAUACUCCCUCUGCUACUGUUUACUCCAUAUUGACCAGCCAUUGGGACUUGCAACCUCCAAACUUGGUGGUGUCAGUGGCCGGUGGUGGGGGGAAGUCUAAGGUCAAGACCUGGGUACGAGAGGUUCUAAGGCAGGGAUUGGUCAGAGCAGCCCAGAGCACAGGAGCAUGGAUCUUAUCAGGAGGACUGCGGGAGGGUGUUGGCAGGUAUUUAGGCGAAGCCGUGAGGGAUCAUUCUAUGGCUGCAUCCUCAGAUUCCCUCUCCAAGGUAGUGGCCAUAGGUGUAGCUCCGUGGGGUUUGGUAUGCAACCGAGAACAACUCAUCAACCCAGAGGGUAGUUUUCCUGCUGAGUACUACGUUCCGAACAUGUCCCGAGAUUCCUGCUACCUGGAUAACAACUACCAGGCAUUUCUCCUCGUGGAUGAUGGGAGUAUAGGCCACAAAGGUGUGGAGGCUCGUUUCAGAGCCCGGCUAGAGAACUACCUUUCUCAGCAGCGCACAGGAAUAUCUGGAAGCGGAAUCAUGGACAUCCCUGUGCUGUGUAUGCUGGUAUCAGGAGAGCCUUACAUGCUCGAGAGAAUGGAUCUCUCCUUGAAGAAGUCUCUCCCCUGGUUGGUCCUGGCAGGCUCUGGGGGACUCGCUGACUUGGUAAGCGACGUUCUGGAAAAUGUAUCGGCUGCAUCGAGCAAGCCUGGGGCAGGGUCCGAAGGCGAAGGGGAGGCGGCUACUAAAACAGAUCUGCGAGGGAGAGUAACAGAGAGAGUGUUGAAACACUUUCCCUCAGAGCAGGACACUGAAAAACUUGUAGACAAGGUUUUGAGUAUCUACCAGAGCAAAGACCUGAUCUCUAUUUAUCACGAUGAGCACGAGGGAUUAGACGACUUUGAUACUGUGCUGCUGAAGGCUUUAGUCAAGGCGAAUAAGCAGCGCCUUUCUGCUGAUGCUGUCCCCAAUACCGAGGAGCUGAGGCUGGCUGUGACCUGGAACAGAGCAGAUAUCGCCAAGAGCGAGCUCUUCACAGGAAACAUCCAGUGGAAGAAGGAGGACCUGGAGGGCUUCAUGACUGAUGCUCUGGUGAACGACAAGCCUCAGUUUGUACGACUUUUUACAGAAAACGGGUUGAACAUUAUGGAAUAUCUCACAUACGCCCGCCUGGAGGAUCUGUACCGCUCUGUCUCAGAGGGCUCUCUGAUCUACACACUGCUACAACGUUACCUCUUAGAACGCCUGGGGGCCGCCAAUAGCGCCACUUCUCGCUCCGGUGGCAGUGUUGUUAAACACACCAUUAGCCCAGUCAAACAAGUGACAAUGUAUGAGGUGUCUCAGGUCCUACAGUACCUGCUGGGUGACGUGUGUCAGCCUUUCUAUUAUAAAUGUCUGGAUCUGAAGGGUGUCUCUUCCAGACGGAAAGCCAUCAAGAAAAUGUCUACGAUCUUGCAUGACGACGCCAGAUAUCGGCAGCAUCGGUGCACUCACCCAUGGGCUUCACUCUUCAUCUGGGCUGUGCUGCAGAACCGCAGCAAUAUGGCCGUUUACUUCUGGGAAAUGACCUCAGAGUCAGUAUUGAGUGCUCUGAGUGCUUGUAAGCUGCUCAGAGUUCUCUCCAAAUUAGAGACUGAGACUGAUACGAAAAACUCCAUGAAGGACCUGGCCCAGAGAUUUGAGAACUUGACCCACGAUUUGUUCAGUAAGUGCUACGAGAGCAGCGAGAGUCGCUCUUUCAUUCUGCUGAAGAAAAAAUCACAGGUCUGGAAGGGCGCUACAUGUCUGAGGAUGGCCAUGGAGGCAGAUGCUCGUCUUUUCUUUAGUCACGACGGCGUGCAGAAUCUGCUGUCUCAGAUAUGGUGGGGGGAUAUGGACAAAAACACUGAGGUCUGGAAGCUCAUCCUCACUCUGUUUGUUCCUCCUCUCUGCUACACCAACCUGAUCUCUUUCAGAGAGGAGAACGAUGUGUAUGAAAAUUCUGAGGACGUGUCACAGCGCAAGGAAAUCGACUGGCUCUAUGCAGAAACCGUCUUCUCGUUCUCAGAUAUGAAUCGCAUUCAAGCAAAAGCAGAAGACUUAACUCCUGUUAGGCGAAGCAUAAAAGGUUACCCGGUCAGAACUGUCCGUCCCAAACUGCCUUUUGUGUUUUCACGCUGGAGACAGUUCUGGUACGCACCGGUCACUGCCUUCCUUGGCAAUGUGCUGAUGUACUUCCUCUUCCUGCUUCUGUUUGCCUAUGUGCUAUUGAUGGAUUUCAAGCCUCCACCCCCAAGAGGCCCGGCCUUCUGGGAGCUCUUGCUGUAUUUCUGGGUGUUCACCAUUGUGUGUGAGGAGAUUCGAGAGACAUCCAUUAUGGGCAACAUGACAUUUAAGCAGAGGAUACGACAGUAUGCUCAGGAUGUCUGGCACAAAUGUGACCUUAUUGCCAUUUUCCUCUUUCUUAUUGGUGUGUGCUGCAGGAUGUUCAAUGAAACGUAUUGGUUCGGCCGUGCUGCCCUGUGCCUCGACUACAUGGUGUUCACCCUGAGACUUAUCCACAUCUUCGCCAUUCAUAAGCAGCUUGGGCCAAAAAUUAUCAUAGUGGGCAAAAUGAUGAAAGAUAUGUUCUUCUUUUUGUUCUUCCUUGCCAUAUGGUUGUUGGCCUACGGAGUGGCCAAUCAGGCUCUGAUCUACCCCUACGACUCAAGUGCUGAUAGGAUCCUCCGCCGUGUAUUUUACAGACCAUACUUACACAUAUUUGGACAAAUUCCCGUGGAGGAAAUUGACUCUGUAUAUAGUUGGGAUAUAAACUGCACAAACAAUGCAACACUAGUUAAAGAAGGUACAGAACCGUGUAGAGAAGCAUAUCAUAACUGGCUUGUGGUCAUCUUACUCGUCAUCUACCUUCUGGUCACCAAUAUCCUGCUCAUUAACCUACUCAUCGCCAUGUUCAGUUACACCUUCAACAAAGUGCAAGACCGGAGUGACACAUACUGGAAGUUCCAGCGCUACAAAGUGAUCGUGGGGUAUCAUUCUCGGCCGUGCCUAGCUCCACCCCUCAUUAUCAUCUCCCACAUCCACCUCUUUAUCAAGCGGAACAUCCGCAAGGUGCCAUCUGAGAAGGUGCACCAUUUUGCUGUGGACUUAAAGGAAAAAGCCAACAACCGGCUAAUGACGUGGGAGAACAUUCAGAAGGAGAAAUUCUUGUCUGCUGAGGGAAAGAAAUUAAAAGGAAGUGACACAGAGAGACUAAAGCGCAUGUCUGUCAAAGUGGACACUGUUCUCAAACAGACAGCCGAGAUCAGUGAUUUGGAUCGCAGGUUAAGAACCCUCGAGUGUGAGAUGGAAUUCUGUUCGUCUACUCUUCUAUGGAUGGCCGAAGCUCUCUCUCAAAGCGGUGCGCUAAAAUCCACAAAGCCUCUUCCCACCCGGAAAGUAAAUCCAUCCACACCUGAGAUGUGAGAACGGUUCCUUCACCUUUCGUCUGUCUUCCAUCUUCCUCUUCCUUGCAUUCCUAUUUAUUAUUUCAAAGGAAAAGGAAGGGAACAUUACAGAAUAAAAGAAUGGGGUCAAACGUCAACAAAAGGACAUAAGAACAAAAGUUUCUGAUUGUACAGGUUUAAAAGAUGAUGGUAUACAUUUGUUGUUUUUAAUUCACUAACGCUGCCUUUCCUCUAACCUCAAUCAUGCCACCCUUAAAAGACAAGGGCGUCAAUACUAUUUGUGGGAGGUUUGUGUUUUUAAUUUCAUUUAAUUCUAAAGACUCAAAGGUAGAAAAGCCUUUCAAGCACAAAAUAAAUCCCAUUUUUCAUAAUUCUCUGUUCUUUUUGUCAGUAUUAGGUUACAAGCCAAGCUAAAAAGUUCAGUGUUAUCUUAUUUUACUUCAAUAAGAUUAAAACAAACAUGGCUAAUGAUGUCAUGCAAUUAAAUAGGUAUCUCAGGGUCUGUAUUGUGUAUAAUUUGUCUAAUAAUAAAAUGUCUAACAUUUAUAAUAAUAAUUAAAGCUGCAAGCAGCA